ACAAAUAAAUAUUCUUGAUUCUUGAUCCGUCAGAAAAAAUAUAUCGCAAAACAACGGUUGGUGGCUAGUAGUUAAUAUAAAAUUUAAGGAAACGAUUCUUAAAAAAGCAUACGCUGCAGGAGAGUUUUGAUUUGUAUAAUAUUUAUAAAUAGAUACUAAUGCCCGGUUCCUAUAAGUCAAAAACGAAUCGUUUCUGUUACGAAUAGUUAAAAUUUCAACCAGGCGUAACACGAAACCAUUCCUAUAAAACACUACUCGUUACCCAAAUAACCGACAUCUGGUUACUAACGGAUGAGAGGGCGUUAGUAAGCACAAAGUAUGGAAAUGUGUUGGAAUGUGUUCCUAUAAAUAUUUUCUACCGUCACUGAACUGUCAAAACAACGUCUCGUUACCGUUUUGUUUACUGGUCAAAUUCGGUCAGUUAACAAUCGUGAACAUUUUCUUUUGGUUGAAAUUGUGUUUAUCGUGAUUUCUGUAAUAAUGUCGAGCUCUGAAAGUGAUAGAGAAAUCAUGGCUUUGUUAUCAGACGAAGAUACGGAUCAAGAAGUGGGAUUAAGAAUUUAUAAACAAAGGAUUGAUUAUUUUUCCGUGCUUGAUAACCAAGAAUUUCAGCUGAGAUUUCGGCUCGACAAACCCGCUGUGGAACAAUUACUCAGUGAAAUUUAUCCUAAUUUAAGAGUGAAAGGAAGACGAAACCAUGGAAUACCACCAAUACAUCAGUUGCUGCUUACUUUACGUUUUUAUGCACUAGGAACAAUGUUAUUAUCAGUAGCUGAUUUUAUAGGUGUGUCGAAAACAUCAGCUUGUCGUAUCGUAUUUGAUGUUAGCUGUGCUAUAGCACGGCUAUAUAACACAUAUAUUCGCAUGCUCCCAAACACUGAGCAGGAUUUUUAUAAUAUAUCACGCUUUCCACGUGUUCUUGGAGCUCUUGAUGGUACACAUAUUAGAAUUCAAUCACCAUGUUCUCAAAUUGGAGAAGAAUUCAGAAACAGAAAAGGCUACUUUAGCAUUAAUGUGCAAGCUGUAUGUGAUGCUAAUUUAUUGUUUAUGAAUGUUGUGGCACGUUGGCCUGGUUCAGCACAUGAUGCAACAAUAUUUAAUAAUUCUGAACUGCGAGCUCAAUGUGAAAGUGGCUUAUUUGGCAAUAAAUGGUUACUUGGAGAUAGUGCAUAUCCACUAAAAUCAUACCUUUUAACACCUUUGUUAAAUCCCCAAACACAGAGUCAACAACUUUAUAAUGAAGCCCAUAUUCGUACUAGGAACUGUAUUGAAAGAUGUUUUGGAGUUUGGAAACGAAGAUUUCCUAUUGUAGCCUUGACAAUGCGCCUAAGCCUCUCAAGAGCCAAUGCAGUGAUCAUAGCAACAGCAGUACUCCACAAUAUUUGCCGGUUGAGAAGCCUCAGUGACAUACCACCAGAAGUGGAAAUUCUAGAUGCAGAUGUACCUUCACCAAGUUAUAAUGAAAGUUCGAAUCAGACUGGUACUACAGAAAGAGAUAAUCUAAUCACACAAUAUUUUAACAACUUGAUAUGAGAUGCCACAGGCCUGCACACAAUAGAGAGAGUAUGAACCAGGAAAUAUGUAACAAAUGAAGAAUUUUUGAUUAUUGGUCUAAUAUCUUAUUACAAUUAUUGUUUGAAUUUAUUUUUUUACUUUAUUCUUGUAUGAAAAUAAGUAAAUAUGACUAGGUAUUUAAAUUAGAUAUGACAUGUUUGUAUUGUCCCAUAGUGAAUAGAGAUAGUGUUAGGGUGUAAGAGGUUGUAUGUAUUCAUAAUACAAUAAAUAGAUAAUGAAAA